AUGGUCAUAGUCAAGGACCUCUCCGACGUACCAACAUCACAUGGAGAGGAUGAUGUGUCCUCCUAUGAUGGUGUUGUAUCCUCCUAUGAUGAUGAUGAUUCAUUAACCCCAUCUAUGGUGUUCGACCAAAUCAUGGGACCCACAGUGAUGCUUCCAUCCCACGAGCACCCUUUUUACAUAUAAGGUAGCAGCACCGCUCACUGCCAGGGAUGUCCAGAUGGUAGAGAUAGAGAUUUCUUCGGCUACAUCUGCUAUACAUGUGACUUGACCGUCCACAAAGAAUGUGCUGAAUCAUCGCUAGAGAUUAACCAUCCUUCUCACCACAGACAUCCUCUCACGCUCAGACAUGGCCUACCACUAGCUGCUGCUGACGAUAAGUGUCGUCUUUGUGGAGAAAAGCUUGAAAAAUUGGUCUACCAUUGCUCCAUAUGUGAUUUCAGCAUAGAUCUUUACUGUGCGAGAAAUCCGCUUGAGUUAGUUGUUCACUUCCCAAAAGGUCAUUAACAUAUCCUCACUCUCAUGCCAAGGCUCAUACGCUUCACUUGCAAUGCAUGUGGUCUUGAAUCCGAUCGCUCUCCUUACGUUUGUCCUCAGUGUGAUUUCAUGAUCCAUGAAGAUUGUAUCUACUUACCACGCGUUAUAAGCAUUAUACGUCAUAGACAUCGUAUCUCUCACACUUAUUUUCUUGGUUCUGGAGAUUGGACUUGUGGAGUUUGUCGAAGAAGAGUUGACGGGAGAUAUGGGGCGUAUUGUUGCUCUAUGUGUCCAGACUACGCGGUUCAUUCAAAAUGUGCCACGAGAAGUGACGUGUGGGAUGGGCGAGAGCUUGAGGAUGAAUGUGAAGAGGCUUUUUGGGUUGUGAGUGACGGGGUGAUAAAUCACUUUAGUCAUCGAGAGCACGAUCUACGACUUGAGGAUGGUCUAACUAAUAUCCAAGGGGGCGAGCAUACUCGUUGUAGAGCAUGCGUCCGUCCUGUCUAUUCCAACUCAUUCUACAGUUGUAUGCAUUGCGAUGAUUUCGUUCUCCAUGAAACAUGUGCUAACCUUCCUCGAAAGCAACGACAUGUGCUGCACAAUCAUCAACUUACUUACCAUGAUGAUAGCAUAGUCAUGGACUUGCAAAGUACUCAUGAAGUAUUCUUAUGCUCUGCUUGCGACCGACUAUGCACAAGAUUCCGUAAGUGCCAUCCGCAUCCUCUGUUCCAGACUUUAAUAGGUAGCAAAAUAUGUGUGGUUUGCAAGGAAGAGUCCGUCAACGAAGCAAUGCCUCAUUUGGGAGGUGGUCGACUAGAUGAUCCAUGA